ACAUCAAGAAGGCAAACAACAAGAAUAGACGUACAGAUGACAAAGAUCAUCAAAACAACUUCGACCACUGAAAAUUAAACAAGUAGAUCUUUAACUUAUUAUUAUUAUUAAGAAAUAUCAAAGUUUUAGUUGGUUUCUCUACAAAGAGUGCGAAAACUGUGAACUGAACAUUAUUUAAAAGGCAGGAAAAUCAAGAAAGUUUCCAGAGCAAUCACCAUAUAUUAUUUAUUUAAUACCAUUCAUCAUAGACUAGAAUAAGUUGAAAUCUUUUUGAACUCGAACAAAAGCAUUGUUUUGUUGUGACAUAUAGUACUUUGGAUAAUGAUGAAUUUAUUGGGACGCCCGGACAUUGAAGCUGGCGAAGUUUUUGUUAAUUUCAAUCAAAAUGAUACAUCAUUGGCAGUUGCAACACGAUCGGGUUAUAGUUUAUACAGUCUGAGUUCAGUAGAUCUAACAUUGGAUAAAAUAUACAGUUGCCAUACGGAUGAGAUAUUCCUUAUUGAACGCCUUUUUGAAAGUUCUUUGGUCGCGGUUGUAUCUCAGCGGUCUCCACGAAAGCUUAAAGUAUGUCAUUUUAAAAAACAGAGUGAAAUUUGUAAUUAUUCAUACUCGAAUACCAUAUUGGCUGUUAAACUAAAUCGGGAACGUCUAAUUGUAUGCCUGGAAGAAAGUUUAUAUAUUCACAAUAUCCAGGAUAUGAAAGUAGUCCAUACGAUACGUGAUACUCCAUGCAAUCCAAAUGGUCUCUGCGCACUUUCUUCCUCAUCAGAGCACUGUUAUUUGGCCUAUCCGGGAAGCGUCACCUCAGGGGAAGUUCAAAUUUUUGACGCAAUAAAUUUACAUGCCAAGACCAUGAUACCUGCUCACGAUUCACCAUUGGCUGCAUUGGCAUUUAGCCCGUCUGGAACUGAAAUCGCUACAGCUAGUGAGCGUGGUACCGUAAUACGCGUUUUUUCAUCUCUUGAUGGCAGCAAGCUGUUCGAAAUGCGUCGUGGUCUCAAGCGUUGCGUGGCGAUUGCAUCGCUCUCAUUUAGUACAUGCGCAAAAUAUUUAGUGUCGAGUUCAAACACGGAAACAGUACAUAUAUUUCGUUUGGAUCGGUCAGCUGCCGAGCAGGCUGACUCAAAGCAAACAUCGGAUGAUUGGAUGGGUUACUCCUUUUUUAGAUAUCUCAGCAAAACCGUGACCAGCUAUCUGCCCACUCAAGUAACGGAUGUAUUCAGUCAGGGUCGAGCAUUUACAUCAGUGACAUUACCGGAGGCUGGUGUUCGGCGUAUGUGUGCAAUCACAACAAUACAAAAACAACUAAGACUUUUGGUGGCUUCACAAGACGGUUACUUAUAUGUCUACUCCAUACCCUCUAUUGAGGGCGGUGAAUGUCAGCUUAUUAAGAAGCAUGAUAUACGCCUAGACGAUUUUUAUGCAAUGGACAUUAAAGUUGAUUCGCCACAACCGCUGGGAGGUGCAGGUGCUGGCACAGCUGUUACUGAAGUUAUAAGUGAAGAUGAGUCAUCUAAACAGAGUACAGCCAGUGGAGCCACUUAUGCUUCUGCAGUGAAAGGCGAUGAAAAGGCCGCACAGCCUUAGAUGUGUCACACUUUUAAAGAUUCGCUAUUACCACCACAAACUUCACAAACUACCUAAGUCUGCGAAUGAAGUUUCCUGCGAAGGGAAUAUCCAUGAAUAUCGAUUGAUUAUAUUUCUGUGACAAUGUGAUGCAGUUUUUAUUUUAUAUAAACCUAGGGUUAGCGCUCACAAUUUUAUCUGUAAUUUACAUUUUCCAAAAUUUAAUUUUCAUUUAAAGAACGACUCAUUGUUCUAAACAAAUUUAGCAAUGCUCGAUCGUAAAAUAGAGUAUAUCUUUUGUUUAUAGAUUUGAAUAUUGAGAUUAAGAAUUAAACUAAAAAAUGUCUACAUAUAUAAUAAAAAAAGAUUUGGUACAUAAAAGCUUAUACCCUCCUCUCCCAAUAUCAUUUUUUAUUAUCUCAAAUGUUCACCUGUGUAUUACUUUAAUUUUGUCAAUU